AAAGUCCAGUCCCUGUCUUCCUUGCGGCAGAAAAGGAGAGAGGGGGGGAAAAAAUGGAUAUACGAAAGCAAUUUCUGAGAUCUGAUCUCUCCAUCUUCCCCCAUUGGUUUUCCUCUUAUGGUGGUGGAGUAAGCAGAAUCUCUAUUAGCUAAGAUCUCCUUUGUACCUGUCUAGUUCUUUUUCGCCCUUCAGAAUACGAUCCAAACCCAGUAAGCCUUUUGCUUUCUACUGCUGUUUCUUCGCGAUUGUGUCCGGGUCCAUUGUUCAAUCUAUGUGAUUCUUCCCUGCUAAAUCUAAAGGGAUUCGCAUCUCAUUCAUGUCUUUGACACAAGAUAACUUCAUGAAAUGAGAUCUGUAUUGUGAUCUUUUAAUACAUUAGUGGAAGUGAAAAGCUGUGAUUGAGGAGCUUACAAACUACAUAAAUGAUGAGGGGAAGAUCUGAUGGAGUGCAAAAGAAGCGUUUAAUCACUUCUGUGUGUAUUGUGGCAAUUUUUCUUGGUUUUCUAUAUGUUUACUAUGGAUCCAUUUUUGGCUCUAAAAUCAACGGUACAUCGGCUCUAGAAUAUGGCAGCAAAUCUUUGAGAAGACUUGGUUCAUCCUAUUUGGGUGGGGAUGAAGAUACCGAUGGCAAGCAAGAGGAAUCUUCAACAAGGUUUGGCCUGGAAAACGGAGAGGAUGAUAUGACACCAAAGAGUUUCCCUGUUUGUGAUGAUCGACAUUCAGAACUAAUUCCUUGCUUAGACAGAAACCUUAUAUACCAAAUGAGGCUGAAGCUGGACUUAUCUUUAAUGGAGCACUAUGAAAGACAUUGCCCUCUUCCAGAAAGGCGGUACAACUGUUUGAUUCCCCCUCCACGAGGAUACAAGGUCCCAAUCAAGUGGCCGGAAAGCAGAGAUCAAGUGUGGAAAGCAAACAUACCUCAUACUCACCUUGCACACGAGAAGUCUGACCAGAACUGGAUGGUUGUAAAAGGUGAAAAGAUUGUAUUUCCUGGUGGAGGUACUCAUUUUCACUAUGGAGCUGAUAAGUACAUUGCUUCAAUUGCAAAUAUGCUCAAGUUUCCGAAGGACAAAAUUAAUAAUGAAGGAAAACUAAGAACAGUUCUUGACGUUGGUUGUGGUGUUGCUAGUUUUGGAGCUUAUCUUCUUUCAUCUGAUGUUAUAACGAUGUCCUUAGCACCAAAUGAUGUGCAUCAAAACCAAAUUCAGUUCGCCCUGGAAAGAGGAAUUCCUGCAUAUCUUGGUGUUUUGGGAACCAAGAGGCUCCCUUACCCUAGCAGAUCUUUUGAACUUGCUCACUGUUCUCGUUGUAGGAUCGAUUGGCUUCAGAGGGAUGGAAUUCUUCUUCUUGAGCUAGAUAGAUUGCUCAGACCAGGGGGCUAUUUUGCCUACUCAUCUCCAGAGGCAUAUGCCCAGGAUGAAGAGGAUCUUAGAAUAUGGAGAGAGAUGAGUGCCCUUGUGGGACGCAUGUGUUGGACAAUAGCUGUAAAGAGAAACCAAACUGUUAUUUGGCAAAAGCCUCUAACAAAUGACUGUUAUAUGGAAAGAGAACCUGGUACUCUCCCUCCUCUUUGCCAGUCUGGUGAUGAUCCAGAUAAAGUUUGGGGUGUGUCAAUGGAAGCAUGCAUCACACCAUACUCUGAUCAUGAUCAUAGAGUUAAGGGGAGUGGACUGGCUCCUUGGCCAUCUAGGCUAACUGCUCCUCCUCCUCGACUUGCUGACUUUGGCUAUUCAAAGGAAAUGUUUGAAAAGGACACGGAAGUCUGGCAACAGAGGGUUGGGAGUUAUUGGAAUCUCUUGAGUCCAAAGAUUUCAUCAAACACACUAAGGAAUGUGAUGGACAUGAAGACAAACAUGGGUUCGUUUGCAGCUGCUCUGAAGGACAAGGAUGUUUGGGUGAUGAAUGUUGUCCCUGAAGAUGGACCGAACACACUUAAGCUGAUCUAUGACAGAGGCCUUAUAGGCACUGUUCACGACUGGUGCCAAGCAUUUUCAACAUACCCCAGAACUUAUGAUCUACUCCAUGCUUGGACUGUCUUUUCUGACAUUGAGAAGAGAGAUUGUAGUCCUGAAGAUUUGCUGAUUGAGAUGGAUCGUAUGGUUAGGCCUACGGGUUUCAUAAUAAUCCGUGACAAGCUCUCAGUGAUAAAUUUUAUAAAGAAGUAUUUAGUGCCAUUGCACUGGGAAGCAGUGGCGACAUCUGAUUCCAGUUCAGAUUCAGACCAGGAUGGGGAUGACAUUGUGUUUGUUAUUCAGAAGAAAAUGUGGCUGACAAGUGAAAGCCUCAGGGAUUCAGAAUAGGACAAGGGUGCCUCUAUGUUCCCUGUUUCUCAUUGAAGUCUCUGCUGCUCCAGGGGAUUAUUACAAGGAUUGUCCCGAGUAGUCAUGCAGAAAACAAAUCUAUUUUGUAGCAUUAAAUGAUGUUUACUUCAUUUUUUACACUCCCUUUUUCUAUAAUGAUUUAGUUGAUAAGCCAUAGACUCCCAGCAUCUAUAGGCUAUUCUUCAUUUUUUUUGUUCUGGGCAUUAUGUAAACUAUUUCAGCUCUAUUGAGUGAUGACUAAAACAAAGAUGUGCUUCUGAAGUUUGUAGAA